GCCCAGCAUUCUUGCCAUAUAAAUAAUCAAGCAAGUAGAAGCAAUGGGAUAUGUAAACCUCACAGAAUUUAUCUUACUGGGACUUUUCCAUAAUGAGGAUGUCAAGGCCAUGUGUUCUGUGUUGUUCUUGCUUUGUUAUCUAGCAAUUCUCUGCGGAAACCUGGUGGUUCUUCUCACAAUAAGGGGCAGCCAACUUAGUGAGCAUCCAAUGUACUUUUUUCUCAGCUACCUUUCCCUCAUGGAUGUGUGUUUCACUUCCACAGUGGCCCCUAAAUUGAUUAUAGACUUAUUGGUACAGUGCAAUGCAAUAUCCUACAAUGGCUGCAUAGUCCAGAUGUUUUCUGCCCACUUCUUUGGUGCCACUGAGAUAUUUAUCUUGGUGGUUAUGGCCUAUGAUCGCUACGUAGCCAUUUGCAGACCCCUUUACUACAUGGUCACCCUGAACAGACCAGUGUGCUACGUUCUUGUGAUAGUCUCAGUUACUGGUGCUUUUAUGCACUCACUUAUGCAUGUACUGAUUGUUAUCAGACUUCCCUUCUGUGGUGCCAAUGAGAUAGACCACUACUUCUGUGACAUAUUCCCCCUGCUGAAACUGGCCUGCACUGACACAAGACUCCUCAUUAUUAUAGUCAUUACCACAACAGGGCUGUUGUCUAUUUUGACCUUUGUUGCCUUGGUCAUUUCUUACAUCAUCAUUUUGUCCACACUGAGGAUGUGCUCAUCCAGGGGCCGCCGGAAAGCUCUUUCUACAUGUGGCUCUCAUAUUACAGUUGUAUUCAUGUUCUUCUUGCCGCUCAUCUUUACCUAUGUCCCAAUGGGUGAUCUUGUUGGGGAUGACAAGGUGUUUGCUCUAUUUUACACUGUGAUUGCCCCUUUGUUCAACCCACUUAUCUACACACUGAGGAAUACAGAUAUGAAGAAUGCCAUGAGGAAAGUGUGGUGCCAAGAAAAACUGUCUGAAGGAAAGUGAAAUUUCUUCUGGUGGAGCCUUUUGCUCAGUUUUGCUCUAUGUAUAGAAUUACUGUGAACAAUACAAAAA